CAUUUUUCAACCACCACUAGAACUCAAACUCAACGACUCUAGCACUCCAACAAGUAGUUACGUUCACGAAUCCAAACAAUGGAAUGGGGAUUAACAACGAUCGUAUUGUUGAUUCUAAUUGUACUUGUAGUUUUAGCAAUUGGAUUAGUGAUUGCUAUUGUUUUCGAAACUAAUCGGAGAAAAUUCAAUCACUCGCAUUUGGAGGCGCAUCCGGUUAUGGAGGAUCCGAAUUCGCUGAAUCCGGUGCCAUGUCCUUACAUCUCUGAUCCUGCUGAAAAGUACUUAUCAUUAGUUGUCCCUGCCUUCAACGAAGAGCUCAGGCUUCCAGGAGCUCUUGAAGAAACUAUGAAUUAUCUCCAACGACGUGCUGCGAAGGACAAAUCCUUUACUUAUGAGGUUAUAAUUGUUGAUGAUGGAAGUGUUGACGGAACUAAGAGAGUAGCUUUUGACUUUGUGCGGAGAUACACUGUAGACAAUAUCAGGGUUAUUCUUCUUGGAAGAAACUUUGGGAAGGGAGAGGCUAUACGAAAAGGAAUGCUUCAUUCACGGGGAGAAUUACUUUUGAUGCUGGAUGCUGAUGGAGCUACACAAGUGGAUGACCUGGAAAAACUUGAAAAACAGAUCUCUGCAUUUGCGAAAAAGGAAAAUGAUUCAAGUCCAAAAUUUUCAGAUAUUCCUAUUGUUGCCAUUGGUUCUCGUGCUCAUCUUGAGAAGAAAGCCUUAGCUACACGGAAGUGGUAUCGCAAUUUUUUGAUGAAAGGUUUCCAUGUUGUGGUUCUCUUGGCUGCGGGUCCUGGAAUUCGUGACACUCAGUGUGGUUUUAAGAUGUUCACUAGAGCUGCCGCACGGAAGCUCUUUUCCAACAUUCGUUUAAAAAGGUGGUGCUUUGAUGUUGAGCUAGUUUAUCUAUGCAAAUGGUUUCAGAUCCCUAUAAUUGAGAUAUCAGUGAACUGGUCUGAAAUACCUGGAUCCAAGGUCAAUCCUCUAAGCAUCCCAAACAUGCUGUGGGAGAUGGCACUAAUGUCUUUGGGAUACAGGUCCGGAAUCUGGAGGAUUCGUACGUGAUACUCAGCAAUGAAAACUUGUUAAUGAUGAGACAUCAGGAGUUCAAAUUUUCCUGCUCGGGAAAAAAUGAUCUUUUCUGUAACACUAGUUCAGCAAUGAUGUGACAGUAGAAUCACUCUUGCAGAGGGCUUAGAUCAUGGAUAACCAGAGUUUUAUCCACAGUUUUCUUACUUACGAGAAGUGAUGCAAACAUUUACCUAUAUAGUUGUACAAUUUACCUGUUCACAAUGCUGUCACUUGUCUAUAACAUUUUACUGCUAGAUUUUAAUGUAAGCAUAUUAUAUUUAUAUC